AUGCAGCUAAUUUGGACCUUCUUGACACUGCUGGGAGCAGUGGCAGGAAAGGAAGUCUGCUUCCCAAGACUUGGCUGCUUCACUGAUGACUCACCGUGGGCAGGAAUUGUAGAAAGACCUCUCAAAAUCCUGCCAUGGGCUCCAAAAGAUGUCAACACCCGAUUCCUCAUGUACACCAAUGAGAACCAAAACAACUUUCAAGAACUAAUUGCAGACCCAGAAACCAUCGCGGCCUCCAAUUUCAGAACCGAUAGAAAAACACGCUUUAUUACUCAUGGAUUCGUAGACAAGGGAGAAGAAAGCUGGUUGGCCAACAUGUGCAAGAACCUGUUUAAGGUGGAAAGUGUGAACUGCAUCUGUGUGGAUUGGAAAAAGGGGGCCCUAACCGGCUACACACAGGCCUCACAGAACAUCCGCAUUGUGGGGGCAGAAAUGGCCUAUUUUGUUGAAGUUCUUCAGUCGGCAUUUGGGUACUCGCCAUCUGAUGUCCAUAUUAUUGGCCACAGCCUGGGCGCCCAUGCUUCCGGGGAGGCCGGGAGGAGGUUCAAUGGGACCAUUGGACGAAUCACAGGAUUGGAUCCAGCUGAACCUUGCUUUGAGGGUACACCCGAAUUGGUCCGAUUGGACCCCAGUGAUGCCAUGUUUGUGGAUGUAAUCCACACAGAUGCUGCCCCAGUGGUCCCCAACAUGGGGCUUGGAAUGAGCCAGACUGCAGGCCACCUGGAUUUCUAUCCAAACGGAGGCAAAGAAAUGCCUGGAUGUCAGAAGAACGCUCUUUCUCAGAUUGUUGACAUCGACGGAAUCUGGGAAGGAACUCGUGACUUUGUGGCUUGUAAUCACUUAAGAAGCUACAAGUAUUAUUCGGAUAGUAUUCUCAACCCUAACGGCUUUGCUGGGUUCGCUUGUGCCUCCUACAAUGUUUUCGUUGCAAACAAGUGUUUCCCCUGUCCGAAAGAAGGCUGCCCACAGAUGGGUCAUUAUGCUGAUAGGUUUCCUGGGAAAACCAAUGAAGUAGGUCGGCAAUUGUACCUUAACACUGGUGAUGUCAGCAAUUUUGCCCGUUGGAGGUAUAAGGUAACUGUCACACUGUCAGGAAAGAAGGUUCGAGGACACGUGCUGGUUUCCUUGUUUGGAAAUAAAGGAAACUCUAAGCAAUAUGAAAUUUUCAAGGGCUCUCUCGAACCAACAUAUACUCAUUCCAAUGAAUUUGACUCAGAUGUGGAUGUUGGAGACCUGCAGAUGGUUAAAUUUGUUUGGUAUAACAACAUAAUCAACCCAACUCUACCUAGAGUGGGGGCAUCCAAGAUUGUGGUGGAAAGAAAUGAUGGAAAAGUGUUCAACUUCUGUAGUCAAGAAACCGUGAGGGAGGAUGUUCUGCUGACUCUCACUCCAUGUUAG